UUUCUUACUCUUAAAGUGACUUGGAAGAUGAGGGCUGCCAUCUCACUGCUGUUGCUGCUGCUCUCCAUGUGUGGAGUCCAGACAGAGAGCCACGGCACUGAAGCCUCUACCCAGGACGUCUCUGCUGAGCUGAAGGAACUCAGAGACAUGGUGGUGGACCUGAGAGCAACAGUACGACAUACUCAACGUGAAUUUAAGGUUUUGGACGCUAAGAAUGUAGCAAUGAAAGGAAGGUUUGUGACCAGUGAGACUAAGGUUCAGAUUCUGGACAAGGGGCAAGAGGCAGAGUUGGCCAUAUUGAAGACCCGACUUUCAGCUACAGAGACUGAGGUCAAGGCCCUGAAGAAGGAGCAUGAGCAGGAGCUGGCUGCUCUGAGGACCAGACCGGCUGCUAAUGAAACUGAAAUAGAAAAUCUGAAGAGGGAAAAUGCAGCACAAGAGGUAGAGCUGAAAGCAGUGAAGAUCAGACUGGCAGCCACUGAGACUGAAGUGGAGAAUCUGGAGAAAGAGAUCAGAGCAGCACCCAAGGUGGCCUUCUCAGCAGGUCUGAGGCAAUCUAGAUGGGGGCACACAGAGUCUGGGAGUAGUGACCUGAACUUAGUGUUCAAGGGAGUCUUCACCAAUGUAGGAGAGGCCUACAGCAGCGCAACUGGCUUCUUCACAGCUCCUGUCAGGGGGGUCUACUACUUCAGGUUCACUGUUAUGGAUACACUGGACACACGCUACAUGGGUAUCAGGAUGAAUAAGAAUAGAUGGCAGGUCAUGAGACUGCAGAAGUAUGGCACUGAUGGAAGGCCCGGCUAUCUGUCCAGUGGCCUGGCUCUGCAGCUGGAGAAGGGAGAUACAGUAAACCUGGUGCUACCAGCUGGCUACAGGCUUAGUGAUGUUGUUAAGUAUAGCUACAGCACCUUCAGUGGCUUCCUGCUCUUCCCUCUCUGAACACCAGAAGAUCAC